AAGAUGGGCAAGUACACGAUCCGUGUGGCCACCGGGGACUCGAUUUUGGCCGGCUCUUGCAACCCGGUGCAGCUGUGGCUGGUGGGAGAGCAUGGGGAGGCAGACCUCGGGAAGCAGCUGAGGCCGGUGUGGGGCAAGGAGACGGAGUUUGAGAUAGAAGUUCCCCUACACCUGGGUCGCCUCCUGCUGGUGAAGCUGCGUAAACACAGCGUACUGUUGAAUGUCGACUGGUUCUGCAAGUGGAUCCGCGUGCAGGGCCCUGGGACUCGAGGGGAAGCCCUCUUCCCCUGUUAUGGCUGGAUGCAGGACGACGGGAUUCUCUGUCUACCCGAGGGCACUGCCCGGACAGCGAGUGAUGACCCCCAGAAGCUGCUUAAGAGACACAGGGAACAGGAGCUGGAGGAAAGAAGGAAGGUUUACAGGUGGGGCUCCUGGAAAGAUGGGUUAAUCCUGCCUAUAGCAGGGAGCAGCCUGGGAGACCUUCCCAGAAAUGAGAGAUUCCUCCAGGAUAAAGAUUUUGACUUCACUUUCAAUCUGGCGAAAGUGUUGAAGGACUUGGCCAUCAAGGGGUCUUUGGAUUUCAUAAAGACUGUAAAAAGAUUGAGCGAUUUCAACCAAGUAUUCCCAUGUGGAAAGACUGCCCUGUCUGAGAGGGUUCGAGUUUCCUGGAAGGAUGAUACCCUCUUUGGGUACCAGUUCCUCAAUGGUGCUAACCCCAUGCUCCUGAGGCGUUCCAAGAGGCUCCCUGCCCGACUGGUGUUGCCUCCAGGGAUGGAAGACUUGAAGAUCCAGCUGGAGAAAGAACUUCAGGCUGGAUCUCUGUUUGAAGCUGAUUUCUCCCUGCUGGAUGGGGUCAAGCCCAACACCAUCAUUUGCAAGCAGCAGUAUGUUGCUGCCCCUCUGGUUAUGCUGAAGCUUGAGCCUGACGGACAACUCUUACCCAUAGUCAUCCAGCUCCAGCCACCUCAUUAUGGAUGUCCCCAUCCUCUGCUGUUCCUGCCCUCAGACCCUCCCAUGACGUGGCUCCUGGCCAAGAUUUGGGUCCGGAGCUCUGAUUUCCAGCUACACCAAUUGCAGUCACACCUGCUGAGGGGACAUAUGAUGGCCGAGGUUAUUUCUGUGGCCACCAUGAGAAGCCUGCCCAGCCUGCAUCCUGUCUAUAAGCUCCUGAUUCCCCAUUUUCGUUAUACCAUGGAAAUCAACAUCCUGGCCCGGAGAAAUCUUGUCUCUGAAUGGGGAAUUUUUGAUCUGGUGGUGAGCACUGGCCGUGGAGGACAUGUGGACGUACUGCAGAGAGCCACCGCUUGUUUGACCUAUCGCUCCUUCUGCCCUCCGGAUGACCUGGCUGACCGUGGGCUCCUGGAUGUGAAGUCAUCUCUCUAUGGCCAAGAUGCCCUCAGACUAUGGACAAUCAUCAACAGGUAUGUGAAGAGCAUGAUGGCUCUUUUCUAUAAGGGUGAUGAAGCUGUAAAGGAUGAUCCAGAGCUGCAAGCCUGGUGCCGAGAGAUCACUGAGACUGGAUUGCAGGGGGCCCAGGAUCGAGGGUUCCCCAUCUCUUUAGAGUCCUGGGACCAGCUCUGCCAUUUUGUUACCAUGUGCAUCUUCACCUGCACUGCUCAGCAUGCUUCUGCCCACCUGGGCCAGCUGGACUGGUACUCAUGGAUCCCUAAUGGCCCAUGCACCAUGCGGAAACCCCCACCCAUGUCCAAGAAUGUGACAGAGAGAGAUAUAGUGGACUCACUGCCUACUCUGCAGCAAGCCCGAGUGCAGAAGACUUUCACAAAGUUCCUUGGAAGACAGCAGCCUGUUAUGGUGGCCUUAGGGCAGCACAAGGAGGAAUAUUUCUCAGGCCCUGAGCCCCAAGCUGUGCUGAAGCAAUUCCAAGUGGAGUUGGCUGCUAUGGACAAGGAGAUUGAGAUCCGGAAUAAGAGGCUGGACCUGCCCUAUGAGUACCUUAGACCCAGCAUGGUAGAGAACAGCGUGACCAUCUGA